AUGAUUGUCACGCCAAUCGAUCGAUCAAACAACCGAGGUACACUAAACUCUGGACCACCUGACAACGGCUUACUGAUAUUAUUUCAGGAUGAUGACCUUGGUCUUAUUGUAGUAAGUACAAAUCCAUAUCAAAGAGUUAUAAGUAUCAAAGAGCUGGAAAAUAGGUUGGAAAAAAACGCUAGGAAGCAAAUACCAGAUUUGGCCCCAUUAGACGCUAUCAAGGUGGACAUUAGAAACCUGGAAAGCAAAGUUAUUACCAAGGCAACUGCGAGAAAUUCCAAUGUUGAACCAGCACUGUACGAGCUGCAAGAAAGAGAGGCAAGAGCACAAAACGUCCUCGUCUUUGGUUUACCGGAAAUUCAAGAAUUCACUGAUAGAAAAGAUAGAAUGGAAAGAGAUAAAAAUGGAGACCAAACAGAAGCACAAAGAAAAUAUAUGAAAGAAUCAAGUCAGGAAUUAGAAGAAAGAACAACACCUGAAAAUAAAGUAUGUUCAUGGAGUGCCCAGAAUCGUCACCUUGAGGACUCAACCAUUGUCAAAAUACUACGUAACAAAAUAGCUGCUGAAUCUGUGGUCAAAGUCACCUAUUGGUAUUCAAACCUGCGUUCUUUUCAGAAUAAGAUUGACGAGUGGAGAACAAAUAUUCAGAAAACCAACCCUUGUUUCACUUGCAUCAAACAUACUUGGCUUAAUGCAGAAAUAUCAGACGGCCUUAUAGCUCUGCCAGGAUAUCGGACCUUUCGUAAAGAUAGAAAGGAUAAAGAAGAUGACAUCAAACUGUACUGUGAUGCACUGAGGCAAUAUUCGGACAUAAAAGACGAUCUGGAUGUAAUUCAGACAUGGUCUGAAAGAUGGCAGAUGAAACUCAAUGCUGACAAAUGUGUGGUGCAGAAAAUCCAGGAAAUGACUAAUGUCUGCCCAGCGAGUCUGUGUCUACGGGGCAACGACUCAGAUCCGCUGGGCAAACAAUAUAUCCUAAAUAAUUGUUUGCUGCAGCACGUCAACGUCAACUCGCAAAAGGACUUGGGCAUUAUAGUAUCUAGUGACCUGAAAUGGGAAAAACACAUCACCUCAGUUGUCAAGAAAGCCAACUCAUUUACAUUCCUUACAAGAAUAUCGUUCAGCAAUACUAGUCCCCAGAUGAUACUACAGCUAUACAAAACGUACAUAAGGCCCAAUAUUGAAUAUACCCACUCAGUGUGCUUAUUAUAUAAAAGAUAG